UAUUGGCAUUCAUGUGGCAAGUUUCGUAACGGUACGGUACGGAACACAGGAAAUGAAAGCAACAAUCACGUUUUUCUGUUCUCACGACACCUACAAUAAUGGCGGAUAUCGGACACGGACUGGGGAGGUUGGCCGGAAAAGUAGCCCUUAUCACUGGUGCCAGCUCAGGUAUUGGUGCUGGAACAGCCAAGAUGUUUUCAAAACUUGGUGCUAAGUUGGCUCUCUCUGGGAGGAAUGAGGACAACUUAAAGAAAACUGGUGAUGUAUGUGAGAAACUUGGAGGAAAUAAGGUUUUGUGUAUCCAAGGUGACGUUACUAUUGAAGAAGAUGUAAAAAGAAUUGUUGAAGAGACAGUCACACAUUAUGGACAACUUGAUAUCCUGGUGAACAGUGCAGGAAUUCUCACAUUGGAAACCAUAGAAACAACAUCCUUAGAACAAUAUGAUAAAUUGAUGAAUACCAAUGUCAGGGCUUUGUACCACAUAACUAUGUUAGCUGUUCCACAUCUGAUAAACACUAAGGGGAAUAUAGUAAAUGUGUCCAGUGUCAAUGGAAUAAGAUCAUUUCCAAACAUGUUGACCUACUGUAUGUCUAAAAGCGCAGUUGACCAGUUCACAAGAUGUUGUGCUCUAGAUCUAGCACCAAAACAAGUAAGAGUCAACAGUGUAAACCCUGGAGCAGUUGUCACAGAAAUACACAGACGUGCAGGAUUGGAUGAGGAAACUUAUCAAAAGUAUUUGGAGCAUACAAAAAUUACCUACCCAUUAGGACGUCCAGGCCAGGUAGAGGAAGUAGCUGCAAUGAUUGCAUUCCUUGCUUCAGAAAAUGCCUCAUUUAUAACUGGAGCACAGAUUCCCAUAGAUGGAGGCAGACAUGUAGCGUGUCCAAGAUGAGACAUAAGGGUUUAAGUAUGGUGCUUGAAAAAUCCGGGAUAAACAGAGAAGAUGAGCAGAACAUGAAAAAUACAUAAAUCAGAAGUAAUGUGUAGCCUGCACAGCUCUCAUGUUCAUGUAACUGUAUUCAUAACAUAGUGAACCAUACCUGUUAAUAAUAAACAGUAAAAUUUAGUGCCUUGUAAUGGAAUUUAACAGUAUGAGAGAAAAGAAUUGGAUUUAAUUUCCGACUAAAACUCUGCAGUGUAUGAGAUAACUCUGCAGUGUAUGAGAUAUGAAUAUGAUAUCUUGGAAGAAAUACUUCAUAUGUAUAGGAUAAGUUGUGGUGAAAUAGUUACCAUCUGGAUAGAAAAAACAUUGGUUUUUUGUCGAGCCUGCUUGCGGAAGCGAGGACAUAGUUGUCCAAAUGGCUGUUCGGUGUAUGUCUGUGCGUCUGUCCAGAUUUGUUUGUCCGGACCAUAACUUUGACAUGCAUGGAGCAAUCUUGUUUAUAUUUGGCAUGAAUGUUAAUCUCAGUGAGACCGAGUGUCAUGCGCAAACCCCAGGUUCCUAUCUCAAAGGUCAAGGUCACACUUCAGGUCAAAGGUCAGAUUCAAAAAUGACUGUCCGGAGCAUUUCUUCUUCAUGCAUGGAGGAAUUUUGAUGUAACUUGGCACAAUUGUUCAUCAUCAUGAGACGGAGUGUCAUGUGCAAGAACCAGGUCCCUAGGUCUAAGGUCAAGGUCACACUUAGAGGUCAAAGGAUACAAGAAUGACAACUUUGUCCGGAGCAUUUCUUCUUCAUGCAUGGAGGGAUUUUGAUGUAACUUGGCACAAAUGUUCACCACCAUGAGACGGAGUGUCUUGCGCAAGAACCAGGUCCCUAGGUCUAAGGUCAAGGUCACACUUAGAGGUCAAAAGUCAGAUACAAGAAUGACUUUGUCUGGAGCAUUUCUUUUUGAUGCAUACAGGGAUUUUGAUGUAACUUGGCACAACUGUCAUCAUCAUGAGACAGAGUGUCAUGCGCAAGAUCCUAGAAUUACUUCCCUUUGUUGUAACUAUAAAUAGCUUAUAUUCGUAACUUUUUUAUUACUGGUUGUAGGGAAAAAUCAAGACCACUUUUCUGUAGUACAGCUUGCAUGUUACAUCCAAUUUUGAGGUGUAUUUUGACCUAUCUCUACUGGUGAGGAUUUUUGUGUGGACUUAAUUUUUUUUUUUCUUUUUUAAGAUUUACAUCCCUUUGUUGUUACUUUAAAUAACUUAUAUUGUAACUUUUUGCAAUCUCUUUUUUAUUUGGCAUAAAUGUUUGCCUCAAUGAGACAAGUGUGAUGUGCAACUCCCAGUCCUUUUGACAGCUGGCGGGCUCGACAUGUUGCCUGUGGGUAUCUAGUUUAAAUAUAUAGUCAAAUACUAAUAAAAUGCACAAUUUUCAUAUGACAACAUGAUGUAUGUAAACAGUCUUAACUGGUUGGUACUUCAAGUGAGGAAAAUGCCAAAUGUGUGAGGCAUGGGCAGGCACCUGGUUAGAACCAAUGUCCUUCUGUAAGUCAGCUGGAUGGCUUCCUUACCUGAAAGAAUGCUAAAUCACAAGCACAGUUUUGCAUCCACAUUCUGUUAGGGGAAAGUGAUUUGAUGUCACUGACCGCAACGACUAAAGUGGGGGAGGGGGCUGUGUGAAAUGCAAUUUCCUGUCUGUAAAAAUAUAAUAUUAAGUUUUUUAAUUUCAAUUUUUUUUUAAAAAACUAACAUGUAGGGAGAGCAUUGGUCUACAGAUCACGGGGUCUAGAGUUCGAUCCCCGGGCGAGGCAUAUGUUCUUGAUGAUUUGAUAAAAGACAUUGUGUCUGAAAUCAUUCGUCGUCUACCUCUGAUAAUUCAUGUGGGGAAGUUGGCAGUUACUUGCGACAAACUAAAUGUGUUUGUAUAUUCAUUCUUCUGAAAACAAAUCAUGAACCUGUCUUACAUCUGAUGAUUUAUGGUUUAAUAAUGCAGAAAUAAUGAAUAGAUUGCCGCAGAAACGCUUCAAAACAAUGUUGCCUUAAAAUGACGUCAUUAACCAUUAACGUCAUGACGUUACGUGUCAGUUACCGCGCAAAAUUAAUAGCUUUUAUCUUGAAAGUAUGUUAUUCUGUGCAUUUUCUUUAUUUUAACUAUCUUCAAAUAACCAUUAUUUGCUGAAAUAUUUUUUGAGUCUUUUGCUCUGAAUAAUAAUCAAUAUUUUGCUUCUUUUAUGUAGUUAUAUUGAAAUGUUGUGCGGAAUGUAAGAAAAUGGAUGAUGGUAACCAAUGUUAUUUGGAAUAUAGUUGGGUGAAAGGUUACUUGUUACGGCCAUUUUCAAAUAAAAAAUCUAGCAGUU